AGCGUCCCCCCCUUGUACGACGCACUUUUGCGCAUCUGGGGGUGGAUUGACGAAGAAGUACAAAUCCCACGAGAUCCAACUGCUCUCUCCAAAGAUAUCGGUAAGAGGUACCCUUGGUGGGAACACCUUGUUGCAAAGGUCCUCCAAGCAGAAGAGGAGAUACUGUGCCUAACUUGA